CCCCUCCAUCCCGGCCCGGGGCCUCCGGUGCUCUUCCAGGCGCGAUCGGCUCCACGGGUGUCGCCGUCCUCCCCUUAGCGAAGGCUGGAGCGGCUCCCAGUUCCCGGGACGCCGCGGACCAACUUCUGGUGCUGUUUCCUCGCCCCGGGUGCUUAUCUGCGCGCAGCCUUAUCUCCGAGUUAUCUCAGCACAGGGGGGCGGGCGCCCGAAGCUCGGCGGGCAGAGGGCCGUCUUGCUCACUAUCUAGCCCGGGUCUGUGUGUGGGCACUAAUUCCAGGACGGUUAUCUCCGAUGAGGCGAAGCGAUCUGGGAAAGCCGCCCGGAGGAGGCCCGCCUGGCUGCGUCGGGCCUGCCUCCCCACCCCCUCCAGCCUCUGUCAUUCUUCCUGCUCUCCCCUUUGGGGUGGCCUCGGCUGCGGGGCGGUCUCCUGCCCCCUCCCUUGCGUUGCCCCCCCCCUUUUCUCGGCACGCUGCUCCACCCCGUUGUGUCCGAUUCCGGAACGGUCCGGCCUGGCCUGUCUGUGGCUGAGGGUGACCGAGGGCUGAGGGCUGGGCCGCGAGGCCGACGGCGCGAGCGCGCGCGGGUGGCUAAGGAGCUAGGAGCCAACUCCGAGCGGCGCCGGACCGUGGAUGGCCUUGACUGACGGCGGCUGGUGCCUGACGAAGCGCUUCGGGGCCGCGGCUGCGGACGCCGGCGACCCGGGAACCUUUUCAGUGCGGGAGCCAUCCACACCACCCUCACCGAUCUCCUCGUCCUCGUCCUCCUGCUCCCGGGGCGGCGGCGCCGGCCACUGCAGGACGCCGCAGCUCGACACCGAGGCGGUGGCGGGGCCUCCGGCCCGCUCGCUGCUGCUCGGCCCCUACGCGUCUCACGCCUUUGGGGCUGCGCACGGACCUGCGGCGCCCGGGGUCGCGGGCCCCGGGAGCGCCCUAUCUAACUGGGAGGACCUGCUGCUCUUCGCCGACCUCGACCAGGCGGCGACGGCCAGCAAGCUGCUGUGGUCCAGCCGGGGCGCCAAGCUGAGCCCCUUCGCGUCCGAGCAGCCCGAGGAGAUGUACCAAACACUCGCCGCGCUCUCCGGCCAGGGCCCGGCCGCCUAUGACGGCGCUCCCGGCGGCUUCGUGCACUCGGCGGCGGCAGCGGCAGCGGCGGCGGCGGCCAGCUCCCCAGUCUACGUGCCCACCACGCGUGUGGGCUCCAUGCUGCCAGGCCUGCCCUACCUGCAGGGCGCAGGCGGCGCCCCCUCCAACCACGCGGGCGGCGCGGGUGCGCAUCCCGGCUGGCCCCAGGCCGCGGCCGACAGCCCUCCGUAUGGCGGUGGGGGCGGAGCAGCGGCCGGCGGCGCCCCGGGGCCCGGCAGCGCCAGCUCCGCCGGGACGCACGGCUCCGCGCGUUUCCCCUACUCGCCCAGCCCGCCCGGGGCCACAAGCGCGGCGCGAGAGCCCGGCAGCUACGCGGCUGCGGGCGGCGGGGGCGCGGGCGGCGUGAGCAGCGGCGGCGGCGGGCUGGCGCCCAUGGGCGGCCGGGAGCACCAAUACAGCUCGCUAUCGGCCGCGCGGCCGCUGAACGGGACGUACCACCACCACCAUCACCACCACCACCACCCGAGCCCAUACGCGCCCUAUAUGGGCGCGCCGCUGACGCCUGCUUGGCCCACCGGACCCUUCGAGAGCCCGGUGCUGCACAGCCUGCAGGGCCGCGCCGGAGGCCCGCUCCCGGUGCCGCGCGGCCCAAGCUCAGAGCUGCUGGAGGACCUGCCCGAGAGCCGCGAGUGUGCGAACUGCGGCUCCAUCCAGACGCCGCUGUGGCGACGUGACGGCACUGGCCACUACCUGUGCAACGCGUGCGGCCUCUACAGCAAGAUGAACGGCCUCAGCCGGCCUCUCAUUAAGCCGCAGAAGCGCGUGCCUUCGUCGCGGCGGCUGGGAUUGUCCUGUGCCAACUGCCACACCACCACUACCACCUUGUGGCGCCGGAACGCCGAGGGCGAACCCGUGUGCAACGCGUGUGGGCUCUACAUGAAACUCCACGGGGUGCCUCGACCACUUGCUAUGAAAAAAGAAGGCAUUCAAACCAGGAAACGAAAACCUAAAAACAUAAACAAGUCAAAGACUUGCUCUGGUAAUAGCAAUAAUUCCGUUCCUAUGACUCCAACUUCAACUUCUUCUAACUCAGACGAUUGCAGCAAAAAUACUUCCCCUCCAACACAACAGACAGCCUCAAGGGCGGGGGCCCCAGUGAUGUCCAGCGCAGCCGAGGGUGCCAACCCCGAGAGCAGCGAGCUCAAGUAUUCGAGUCAGGACGGGCUCUACAUUGGUGUCAGUCUGGCCUCGCCGGCCGAAGUCACAUCCUCUGUGCGACAGGAUUCCUGGUGUGCUCUGGCCCUGGCCUGAGCCACCCUGCCAGGAGGCAGGGAGGACUUUACCGGGGUCUGCACCCGAGUCCCCUCGGUGGUGACCACGCAGACGGAACAUUCCUCGGAUGCGGGAUUCUGUGCCUUUGCUUUGAAGUAGGCCUGCUUGCCAGAGGCUCGCGAGCGCGGGAGGAGAGGGGCUCUUCCGGGCCUGAAGGGCCGGCCGCCUCCAGCCGACCUGCAGACCAGGGGCGGCCUCACCUGCUGAGAAGAAGGAUUGCGAGUUCUAUGGAAGGGUUUCAUAACAUAACAUUGUCCCAAAUCGUGUGCUUCUUCUGAUCCAUUGGUUAUUGCCGAAUUUCUUCACAGCGUGGAGGCCGCUUGGUGCACGUUGUGGGGUCUGGGUCAGCUCUGAGGCCUUGCGGAGGACGCAGCUCAGCUCGCGCAGCUGCGCCUCGCCACUACACACUGUGACUGACAGUCAAGCUCAGCUCUCCCGACCGCUGCGAGGUCGGUCGCCAUUUGUAAACAGGGUAGCAAACAAACUAUUUUUCUUCCAUGUAUGCAAUAAUUUUUUUUAAAAGUGCAAUUUGCGUUGCAGCAAUCAGUGUUAAAUCAUUUGCAUAAGAUUUAACAGCAUUUUUAUAAUGAAUGUAAACAUUUUAACUUAAUGGUACUUAAAAUAAUUUAAAAGAAACAAUGUUAACUUAGACAUUCUUAUGCUUCUACAAACACAUCCCAUUUCUGUAUUCCCAAUUGUUGAAGAAAAGUGAUUUCAAGAACAAAUCUUCUCAGGAAAAUUGCCUUCGUCCAUUUGUUAAGGAUUUUUAUACAUGAACCCCGUUGUACCCCCUUUCUUGGACUGUGGAAUAUGUGCUGGAAGAGCUGUACUACCUAACCGAAUAGCAUUUGUAAAUAUUCUGGGCAUCUGUAAACACUCGGAAGUUGUAUAGUGUGACUGACCCACAGGUUGGUUGACAUUCAUUUUUUUUUUUUUUUUUAAUGGGAUGUCCUAUGGAAAACUAUCUCACCAGAGUUUUUAAAAUAAAAAAGGGUAUUGUUUUGUGUU